AUGGCACACUCCAUUCUGUCCUUCUGGCUGCUGGUAGCUGGGCUGGUUCCCCAUACUGGUGGCAAACCGACACCACCAACAUCAUUGACUCAAAGCAUACCACGGACACCAGGGAUUCAAAGGCAACCACCCCUCAUCUUCAACAACCAAAAAUUUGCCUUGAGCCUAUAUAGACAGCUGCCGGUGAUCAAUGAGAACAAAAACGCAAUCCUUUCUCCGCUCAGUAUCACUGUGCCUCUCACGCUGUUGGCCUUCCAGGAUAAGCCGGAAGCCUGCCACCUGGUCCUGAAGAAUCUGGGCUUCAGAGUCACCAAAGACCUGGACACUAAUGCACCCAUGAGAUACGGGAACCAGCUGGGUGCCCUGCUGCAAGAUGAGCAGUGUGGAAUCCACACUGGCAGUUUGCUGUUUAUGGACAAGAAGCUAAAGCCAGAAAGGAAGUUUCUCGCACAAGCCCAGAGCGCCUACAACAGUGACAUCAUCCUCAUCUCCUUAGGGGACUACGAGUUAGCCCACAAGCAGAUAAACUCGGCCAUGCGUGACAGGACCCACGGGAAAAUUAAGAGGCUGCUGAGGGAUGUGAAGCCUCUACCUAACUUGGUUCUGGCCAAUUACAUCUUCUUUAAAGGGAAAUGGAAAUAUCGCUUCAACCCAAAGCUCACGGAAAUGAAGUACUUCACGAUGCGUGAGGGGGCCCGGAUCAUGGUACCCAUGAUGCAGCGGGUAGGCUGGUUCCGUUUUCAGUAUCUCUCCCACCUGCACAGCUAUGUCCUCCAGAUGCCCUACACCUGCAACAUCUCAGGAGUCUUCAUUCUUCCAGAGGAGAGGAGAUUUGAGGAUUGUGAGAAGGCACUGUUGCAGGAGAGUUUUGACACAUGGGUUAAGCCCUUACCACUGAGCAGGGGGCAGCUGUUUUUCCCCAAAUUCUCCAUUCUUGCUGCUCUUCAUCUGGAGAACUUCAAGUAUGCUACCAGCAACCUUAAUCUGUUCUAUGAACACAUGGAUCUCUCGGGAAUCACCAUGCCAAAGGCACCCCUGAGGGUCACCACGGCAGUACACAGGGUGGAGCUGACCAUGGAUGAGGAUGGAGCAGAAGAGGAAAACAUCUCCGACUUCCAGAGCAUCCCCAAGCCACUCCUCCACACCCUCCACUUCAAUAGGCCCUUCAUAGUAUUAAUUUUGGAGGAGGCCAGCCACAACCUUCUCUUCAUGGGGAAAGUGAUGAAUCCUACUAGCAUCAGAUCGGUUCCCAAGGAUGAGUCGAGAACCUAG